CCCCCGCUGCAAAAGGUCGCAGCCCCGUCGAGUAGCUUUCUCUUUCGAUUUCUCUCGCUCUUCGCACCCGUUUUCCCGGGGAUUUUCCAGCCCGCGCCUGCUUUUCUCCCAACCAGAACGGAUUGCUUCAAGAGGCGGAAAAAGACGGGAUUGGCCUUUCGCCUCCGCCAAUCAUCGCCCUACGACCCAGAAGCUCACCCAGCGGGGGAAUGUAACUCAGAGCUCGAGGAAGCGCCCGCGGGGGAGACUUUUCCCGGGAGAAGCGAAAGUAGCUGCUGCCGCCUUUCGUCCGCCUGUGCGCUUUGGCCACCUGCCCUUCUUAGGAUGAGGGGGCUGCUCUCAGGCUCCGUGCCCACCUGCAGGGCGAUUCUGACGGUUGCCAUCCUGUGUUACUGCUGCGCUAAAAGAGCAGCUUCUUUAGAAAACAAUCUUUUCACCAUCCGGCAUGAAAACUCUAAUAAGUGCAUCCAAGUUAAAAGCCAGAGUCUAAUAUUAGGAGAUUGUGAGGAGACAGAUGAGAACUUAUGGACCUGGGUCUCUCAACAUCGCCUUUUUAAUUUGGGAUCCCAAAAGUGCCUUGGACUAAAAACUGUCAAGUCUACAAAUACCUUAAAAAUGUUUGCUUGUGACUCAGAUCUCAAUCUGUGGUGGCGCUGUGUUGGUGACUCCAUCCUUUCAACAUCUCAGAACAAACUAACAUUGAAGAAUGGAAUCCUCACUGUAAACCUAAACUCUUCUGAUGCUUGGAGAAGAAGCAAUUCCAGUGAUACAAUUUGUAAAUUUCCAUAUAGCGAAAGUUAUACCAGGGAUGGGAAUGCUUAUGGAAAACCUUGUGCAUUUCCUUUCUUACUUAAUAAUACAUGGUAUCAUGAUUGCAUUCACAAUGAGAAGAAUCCAGAAGGUAAUUGGUGUUCCACAACUACUUACUUCAAUCAAGACGGACAAUGGGGCUUCUGCUUAAAAAGAGAGGAUGGCUGUCAAAAUACAUGGGAAGAGUCUAAAGAUUCUAGAAAUUGUUACCAGUUAAACACACAGGCUGCCCUUUCUUGGAAAGCAGCAUACCUCUCAUGUAAGAAGCAAGGGAGUGAUUUGGUCAGCAUCACAAGUGCAUUCCAGUUACAUGAUAUCCAAAAUAAAGAUGGAAUUGCAGAAAUAUUUUGGAUUGGAUUAAAUCAGUUGGAUGUUUCUGGAGGCUGGCAGUGGUCAGAUCAUACUCCAUUGACCUUCGUGAACUGGAAUUCAGAGAUGCAGGAUAUAACUCCACUAGACGGAAAUGAUUGUGCAGCUAUGAGUGCUGACACAGGUGAUUGGAAGAGUUAUCCCUGUGACACUCCACUUCCUUAUGUCUGCCAGAAACAGGUUAAUGACAGUGAACCAGAUUUCCCAGAUAUUCAGAACAAUGUUGAGAUUCAGUGUGAAUCUGGCUGGUAUGCGAACAAUGGAUUUUGCUAUAUGCUAAAGAACAACAUUGCUUCAUGGAAUGAUUCAUAUCAGUUAUGCAGUGAACUCAAUAGUAGCCUGAUCAGUAUACAUUCCUUAGCAGAUGUUGAAUUAAUUAUUACAAAACUCCAUAAUGAUACAAAAGACAAAAUAUGGACAGGAUUACUAAAUAAAGACAGUCCAGCCUUGUUUAAAUGGUCAGAUAAUUCCAAAGUUAUAUUUACAUACUGGGAUCAGAAUGAGCCAAGGGUUUCCUUCAAAAGCCUUCCAAACUGUGUCUCCUAUUCUGGAAAGUUUGGCCGAUGGAACAUCCUACCUUGUAACAAUAAACUUAAGUUUGUGUGUAUGAAAAAAGGGAAAGUUUUAGACGAACAAAAAUCUGAUAAAGACUGUUCCCCAAGUAAGGAAUGGAAGAAACAUGGAGAUUAUUGCUAUAGGAUUGACAAGAAUGAAGUCUUCUUUGGAAGUGUGUGCAAUCUUACUAUAGCAAACAGAUUUGAACAAGAAUUUAUAAAUAAUUUAAUCAGAAUGCAUAAUAAAGUUGAAGAAAAGUAUUUCUGGACUGGCUUGCAAGAUAUCAACUCAACAGGAGAGUAUAGAUGGGGAAGUUUGCAUGGAAAUAAUGACCUACUAACAUACACAAAUUGGGGUUCCCUUCAACCAGAAUUCCGUGGAGGAUGUGUGGCAAUGUCAAGUGGAAGCUAUCUUGGAAUGUGGAAAGUCAAGAAUUGCCAAAAUUUUAAAGCUUACUCUAUUUGCAAGAAAUACAUUGGACCAAAGAAAGAAGCAAAGAUACUGCCGAAAAUCACUGACCCUUGCCCACAAGGGUGGGCCAAUGGAUCAGGUCUUGCUUGUUAUAAGUUUUUUCAUAAGGAAAGAGUGCUGAGAACCAGAACUUGGGAAGAAGCUGAGAGAUUUUGUGAAGCUCUUGGAGGACAUCUUCCUAGUUUCAGCAACUCAGAAGAAAUUAAGGAACUCCAUACAAUACUGAGAGAGAUCAUCAGCGAUGACAGAUGGGUCUGGAUUGGGCUAAAUAAGAGGAAUCCUGACUUUCUGGGUUCAUGGCAAUGGAGUGAUGAUAAGCCGGUCUCGACUGUUUUUAUGCCCCUGGAAUUUAGAGAAGAUGACUAUGAUCUUCGAGAUUGUGCAGCUAUCAAGACCCUUGGACGAAAACGCCGGCCACUGUGGCACAUUUACCUAUAUCAAUAUAGAGAAGAGGAUUUCUACUUAAAACCUUUCCAUUGUGAUGUAAAACUUGAAUGGGUAUGCCAGAUCCCUAAAGGUAGUACUCCAAAGACACCUGAAUGGUACAAACCAGAUGAAGAAGGAAUUCAUGGGGCAACAGUGAAUAUUGAUGGGUCAGAAUUCUGGUUUGUGGCAAAUAAGCAUCUGAGCUAUCAAGAAGCUUCCUUGUAUUGUUCUGAGAAUGGAAGUGACUUGGCUUAUGUGACCUCCUUCACUGCGCUGAAUGGAAUUCUAAACACAAUUUUAAAAUUAUCGGACGAGAAUCAGAACUGGUGGUUCAAAUACAAAAUUCCAACAACUUACUACCGUUUGCCCUUUUUUUCACACUAUUUUGACCACUACCCCAGAAAAUGUUGGCAUAUCUCUUAUCGAUCCUGGUUAAGAGGCAAUUCAUUAGAUUGCACUGCAAAACUGCCUUUCAUUUGUGAGAAAUACAAUGCAUCAUUAUUGGAGACAAGAGAACCAGGCUAUAAAUCACCUCAGGAAAGCUGCCCUAAAAGAUGGAUUUUUUUCCUAAAUAAGUGUUAUCAAAAGGUGACUCCUAAGAAUAUGACAUUUAAUAAAGCAGAUGAACAUUGUCAAUCUUUAGGAGGAAACCUUCCUUCAAUCAAAAGCCAGAUUGAACAAGACUUUAUAACAAGCUUACUCCCAGGUCUGCCCCCAAAGAUUUGGAUUGGUUUACGUUCCCAGAUUCAUAUGCAAGUAAGCAGGUGGACUGAUGGCAACGAAUUAGAUUAUAUCAAUUUCCAUCCUUUGCUUCAAGGAAGACUAAGAGAAAUUCAGUUUAAUGGAUUUAAUGAGGAAGAGAGUAACCAGUGUGGUAUUUUGCUCAAUAAUCCCAGAGCUCAUCUAGGAACUUGGAAUUUUACUUCUUGUGCUGAUACAUUGCCUUUGGCCAUAUGUCAGAGGAAUCCAGAUCAUGUAGAAAACCAGACAAUACAAGUGCCUGAACACACCAUGAAAUACCUAAAUGUCACCUAUACUAUAAUUUUGAAGAGCCUGACGUGGUUUGAUGCCCAGGAAGAAUGUCUGAAGAACAAUAUGAGUCUGGUUAGCAUUACAGAAGAAUAUCAACAGGCUUUUCUUGGUGUCCAGGUGGCUCUCCAUAACCACCAGCUCUGGAUUGGGCUCUCUCGCUAUGAUGAUGGAACACAUUAUCACUGGUCAGAUAAAAAACACAUUAGUUUCAGCCGUUGGUUUGGAGAAGACAAAGGUUUGGUUGGUGACUGUGUGUAUUUGGACACGGAUGGAUUUUGGAAAGCAUCUGACUGUUUUACAGAAAAAGCAGGAGCAAUUUGCUACUCACCCGGAAAUGAAACUGAAAUCCAAGAAACACAUUAUGAAUCAAUUAAAUGUCCACACAAGAUUAAGAAUACGCCAUGGAUAGCAUAUCGAAACAGUUGUUACACAUUUGUAGUACCACAAAAUAGAUGGGAAGGAUUGAAUUUAGAUGAAGCUAAUGGUUUCUGCAGAAAAAUGAAUUCAAAUGCAUCUCUUUUGAGUAUCAAGGAUGAAGAUGAAAAUGAUUUUCUUCUUGAACAGUUUGAGUCUUUCAGUGGUCUCGUUCAAUGGAUGUGGUUGGGUUUGAUUAAUGACACCAAUGAACCUAUAUUUUCCAGCCGGUCUGCAAGUAACCAGCUGAAGUGGUGUGAUGGCACAUACGUGUCAUAUAACAACUGGAGAAAUGGACGGCCUAUCAUCAGGAGUAAAUUCUUUCAUGCUGGCGUUAACCAGGAUGGCUUCUGGGACAUUUUCGAUCAUUCGCGUAAUAACUGGUUAUAUUGGCAGUUUGGUUUUCAUAGCAUCCUGGUCUGCAAGCUAAACCUGGAGCCCAAAAUCAGCCAACCUCCGCUUCCUAAAGAGAUGCCCUACAAAAAUAAAGUUUACUGGAUUCUUCAGCAACAGCUCAAUUGGUAUGAUGCAUGGAAAGAAUGCAAACAGAAAGGAAGCGACUUAGCCAGCAUUCACAGUAUUCCCGAACAAGUCUUUCUGGAAAAUAUUGCAAAGCGUGAUGGAUUUCCAUUGUGGAUUGGCUUAUCUAAUCAUAAUGGAAAUGAUUCUGAUUUUGGGUGGUCUGAUGGAAGCCAGUUUGACUACCAUCCUUGGGAACAUCAGCAUUCUCAUUCUUUUGGAAAUUGUUUUGCUAUCGACACUAAAGGAAUUUGGAAUCGCAGGAAAUGCACCUCUCGAGGCGAUGGUGCUAUCUGCUACUCUUCUUCAAAAAAAGUGCAAUUAAAGCAAACCGAAACAUCAUCAAAGUGUCCAGACUCUCCUAAAGGAGCAUCGCAAUGGCUCUACUACAAAAAUUAUUGCUACGCAUUUGAUAUGGCAUUUUAUAAUUAUUCCACAUAUACUGCAGACAAAGCUAGGAAAAUUUGCAAGAAACUUGAUCCUUCUGCAGAACUUCUGACUAUCAAGGAUGGAGAGGAAAAUAAGUUUGUGAGCACACACUUGAAAGAUUAUUAUUUUAUUACUGGAAAAGUAUGGCUUGGGAUGCAAUUUAAUGCUAAGUCCUUGAAUUGGCUUGAUGGCUCUGAGGCUAAAUAUACAAAUUGGGCCAAUGAAAGUGAAAAGGCUAAUGGUCAGUGCAGUGUUAUCUUUUCAGCCAAUGGGACAUGGUCCAAAGCAGACUGCAACAAUGAACCAAGCAGAGUUGUUUGCAAAACUCCUGAAGUCUCUCAUCAUUCAAGAGGGGCAAUAGCAGUUUGUGUUAUAAUGGUUAUAGCACUCCUUGUUGGGUUAGCAUACUUCCUGUAUAGACGGAUGCGACUACACUCAUUUGGAUUUACCUCUGUUCGCUAUGAGAGGGGAAUGCAUGACGAUGAAACUGACUCUAUGUUUUCUAGAAAUAAUGACUGAUAACCAUUUUCUGCUUGGUGUACUGAAACCAAUUUUCAAAUCAGCACCUGAAGCAUCUUCCCAAGAUGCUAUUGACUUCCAUUCUUGGGGUUUAUUGACACCUUUCCUUUUUUCAAGUUUAGGGGGAGAAAGGGAUCUUUAACAACAAUCAAACUUUGCACUUUUCGUGACCUGAGAUUUGCACGUGGUUUGAAGUAUGGUGCACGGAACGAUUCUGACAUUAGGAUAUCCUGUAUCAUUUACCCAAAUGAAGUAAGAUAGCAGAGGGCCAGAGAAUUACUUGAAAUAUAACUUAUUUAAAAUGAAAUGUGUGAUAGCUUAUGGUGUUAAAAACAUUAUAUUUUCAAAGUUAAAGAUUACUUUGAGUCAAGCUCAGCUUUUGAUUGCUAUGUGUAACAGAAUGAGGAAACCUGGGAUUUCUCAUCCAAGCAUAAGCAGGUCCAAACUUGCUUACCAUUUCUGAGGUCAGCCAAGGUCAGUGAGAUAUUGCCAUCUGUUCUGAUACUUUUUAUUAUCCUUCAGAUCUUUUAGGGCCAUUCUGAUUUUCAAUAAAAUCUCUCAAAGAUUCCUUCCAUCUUUAAAACAAAUGUAUUAAAAAUUACAGUAUAUUAAAUAGAUAAAAGCACACACAUGCACACACACAUAUGUAUGUAUGUGUGUGUAGGUAUAGUAACUCACUCUCUUAUAUCAAUUUAAAGCCUUAAUCAUUAAAACUGUUUCAAACCAACUCUAAAAUCAUUCAGUAUAUAUUGCAAAAAGAUACCCCAAAAAAUAAAAUAGAAGACUUACAAAGCUGGAAAAAAAAAAUCAUUGUUGGUUUUAAACAGACUGAAAGGACAUUUACCCAGCAACUACCAUAGUAGUCUUUGUAGUUCUGAAGUAUUUUCAAUCUUAAAAGAGGCAGUAAAACUCCAGUGUGAUUAAAAACAUGAGGUUUGAUCAAGCCUUGCGUCCUUAAGGUUUCAUUUGAAGCUCAAAGGAGGGUAGAAGCCAGAACUCCCAGCUGCUUGCAAGCAGCUACGAAAACAACGGUUCCUAUAGAAUUCAGCUGACUGAAAUACAUAUGGGCAAUCCCCAUCUCUCUCUUUCUUCCAGAGAGAAUUUUGACAGUCUGGGUCUCUCAUCUAAGUACCCCUGUAUCCACGCAGAGUAAAAGAUAUUGCAGGUAUUGGCUUGGCUUGCUGUAUUGGAAAUCCCAGAGUUCUUCAUUUUGAUCAAAGUUACAAAUUAGAUUUGGAUUCAUUUACUGUAUUAACUUUUAAAGCUUGACUCUCAUAUUUCCUGUUGCUACAACAAAAGAAUAGCAACAAGUUAUUGUCAGAUUUUAUGUUUCUUAGAUUUUUAUCCUGAGUUUGCCGUAUACACUGGAACAGGUUAACCUCAGUUCAAAGGCUAAAUGAAAGUUUCAGAACCCUACUGUCCAUUCACUAUCCCAGAUUCACGAAUGGAAGCGUGUUGCGUAAUGUAAAAGUUUUCACAUUGGUGGUUUUUUAUUAUUUAUGCUAAACUUAAUAUUUUUCAAAAGAGGUACUACUAAGUAUUUUCUUUAUUUGUAUUCAAAAUUAAUCUAAAGUUUUAUUCACGAUCAGAAAGCUUUACUCAUGCUUAAACUAGAAAAUCCAUAAUGUUUUGUUCUUGUCUGAUUCCAUAGCACUGUAUUGGUGAUUUCUCCUAUCCAUUCAUGCCAUCAACUUCCUCAUUCUUUGCUGCGGAUGGCUUUUUCUG